AUGGGAUUUUUACAAGAUGAUCGUGACUUUGUCGAGGCCAUCAAAGAGGCGCAUCAUUGGGGUUCAGGUCCAUUUUUACGCAAGCUCUUCGUGACAAUGUUGCUAUCAUCAUCCAUGGAUAGACCCGACCAUGUUUGGAGAAAGACUUGGAGAUAUUUAUCGGAUGGCAUUCUUUAUGAUCAACGCGUUUUCACGGGAAAUCAAGCGCUGACAAUGAGUGAUGCUGAACUAAAAGAACGAACACUGAUGGCUAUUGAAACACUCUUGCAAAAUAAUAACCGAAGUUUGGAAGACUUCAAGACAAUGCCAUAUCCGAAAGAUUAUGUUGAAUCCUUUACAGGAAAUAGGCUACUUUAUGAUGAACGUCAAUAUGAUGUUGUUGCUCAACAACAAUUAUUUGAAAGUUUGUACGCUUCUCUUACAGAAAAGCAACAAGGUGGUGUGUUUUUUUUAUAUGGCUACGGUGGUACUUGUAAGACCUUCAUGUGGAACACUUUAUCAGCAUCUCUUAGGUCUAAGAAAAAAAUUGUUUUGCCUGUUGCUUCAAGUGGGAUUGCAAGUUUGUUGUUACCAGGUGGAAGAACAGCUCAUUCUAGAUUUAAGAUUCCUGUACCUACCUUAGAAACUUCUAUUUGCAACAUUGAGAAACAAGAUGAUCUUGCUGAGCUUCUAAAGAUGACAGAUCUUAUCAUAUGGGAUGAGGCUCCUACGGCUAACAAGUUUUGCUUCGAAUCACUUGACAAGUCCUUAAAAGAUAUUAUGAGUGGAACCACACAUGCAUCUAAGAGAAUUUUUGGAGGUAAGGUCGUUGUGUUUGGUGGUGACUUCCGACAAAUCCUCCCUGUUAUACCAAGAGGUACUAGAUCUGAUAUUAUCCAUGCAACAAUCAAUGCUUCUUAUAUUUGGGAUCAUUGUAGAGUAUUGAGGCUUACAAAGAACAUGCGCUUGCAAACUGGUCAACCUACUUCAACAAAUGAUGAGAUAAGGAAUUUUUCUGAGUGGAUUUUAAAAAUUGGGGAUGGGACCAUGUGUGAGCCAAAUGAUGGUUAUGCUGAUAUUCCUAUUCCAGAUGAGUUCUUAAUUACCAACUUCACAUAUCCCAUUAAAGCAAUUGUUGAAGAUACGUACCCUGAUCUCAUGCAUAACUAUCUUGAUUCCAAUUAUCUUCAAAGUCGUGCGAUCUUAGCUUCAACAAUCGAAGUUGUUGAUGAUAUCAACCAAUAUAUAACAAACCUUCUUCCAGGAGAAGAGAAAGAGUACUUUAGUAGUGAUUCUAUUGAUAGAUCUGAUGCAAAUAGCUUUGAUGCAUUCGAGCAUGUAACACCCGAGUUCCUAAAUGCCCUUAAAACUUCGGGGUUGCCUAACCAUUCAAUAAGGUUAAAAGUUGGGGCCACUAUUAUGUUAAUGCGCAACCUAGAUCAGUUUGAAGGUUUGUGCAAUGGUACAAGGCUCACUGUUACCAGGCUUGCUCCUCAUGUCAUUGAAGCCAAGAUAAUUUCUGGAAAAAAUAUUGGUAACUUAUUUUAUAUUCCUAGAAUAUCUUUGUCCCCUUCACAAUCACCCUGGCCAUUCAAAUUGGUCAGACGCCAAUUUCCAAUUAUUGUUUCCUUUGCCAUGACUAUUAACAAGUCUCAGGGUCAAUCACUUGACAAUGUGGGUUUGUACUUGCCAAAAGAAGUUUUUAGCCAUGGCCAAUUAUUUGUCGCUAUCUCAAGAGUUAAAUCCAAAAAGGGGUUAAGGAUUCUUAUUCAUGACAAAGAGAAACAACCUAUGCUUUCAACAACUAAUGUUGUAUUCAAAGAAGUCUUCCAUAACAUUUGA